AUGGCGCUCCGCAACUAUGUGCAGCGCCGCAACCACAAAGAGCGUGGUCAGCUCGCGCACAGGAAGCACCUGGGUUUGCUAGAGAAACACAAAGACUAUGUUCAGCGUGCGCGUGAUCACCACGCGAAGCGUGACAAGCUGCAACGCCUGCGACAGAAGGCGGCUGACAAGAACCAAGAUGAAUUCUACCUCGGCAUGGUGGGCAAGAAAACAGAGAAAGGAGUCCAUGUUGAUUCUCGUGGAAAUAGGCCCUUGGACAACGACGUUGUGUCGCUGCUCAAGACCCAGGAUGCUGGCUACGUCCGAAAGCAGAUCGUCAGUGAGAAAAAGAAGCUGCACGCUCUGAUAGAGGAGAUCGCGCCACGUGUGCCUGGUAUGCGCAUUGCCUACCUUAAGAAAAAGCCCCAGUAUAUCACGGCGCUGAGGCGAGCGGGUCUGCUCGGCGCCGUGGGCGAAGAGGCGGACGCGGGCGACCAGGAGCAGCAGCGCCUCCAUGGCUUUGGCAAGAAGACUGUGUGGGUGGACAGUGUGAACGAGAGUGCGUGCAAAGUACUGACGGGAGUGAAAUCUAUGGCAUCCAAGUCGAAGAAGAGCAGAACGCCGGCCGCACCAGCCGAGCUGACGCCCGCCGACAAGGUGGGAGAGCGGCAACUGGGUGUGAAGAUCCGCGAGUUGGCCUCGCGGCAGCACAGACUCGAUGCACUUGCCGAGGCGGCGAAUAAGCUCGAUGUUGUGCGCACGCUCAUGCGGACGCGCGGCUCGCAUGCGGUCCCCAAGAGGGUGGUGCAGCAGAUGAAGGACGACGUGGCGAAGAAGGGAGCGCAAAUCACGUCCAAGGGCCUCGUCGUGACUACGGACGCCGAUGAAGACGAUGUGACGACUCGGACCAAGAAGCAGUACAAGUGGUCCAAUGAACGGAAAAAGUAA